UAAUCAACAGCCAGAAAAUUCAAAGGAAAAAAAAUAAAUAACAAAAAAAAUAACAAAACAUUACUAAGAAAAAAAUGACGUUUGGAAAGAAAAUUGCGAUUGUGUCAAUGGCCAUAUUUUUAAUGAUAGUAGCAACAACCGCUACCGAAGUUGAUGGUCGAAUUCAUGUCCGACGGAGCUUAGCUGAUUUUGGUGGAGGUUGUUGCAACGUGUUCAUUCACACUUGUUGUUUUCCUAAACAUUAACUGUAUUACUUUUAAAUAUAUAUAUUACCUCGUAAUAAAUUCCUUCUCAUCUUUUUCUUU